AUGGACUACACUUUAGAGAACAGCCUGCAUCGAUUUAGACAUGUGCUCUCCCUGAUGCUAUGUGUAUCCGGCGCUAAACGGACAACCCUGAAGCGCAGGAGCUUGUAUGGCAGUCCAUACAGUCAGGUGGGCUAUGGGAGUCCGUAUGGCUCAAACACAGCUAACAGUCCGUACAGCAGUGGCUUCAACUCGCCCUCGUCCACGCCCGCCAGAGUCCCCAUCGUGAGACAGCAGCUCCUGCCCACAAAUACAGUUUACCAGCGUAACUCGUCAGCGGACAGGAACCCUCCAGCCGUGAGCCCACAGUCGUCUGUGGACAGUGAGCUGAGCACGUCGGAGAUGGACGAGGACUCUGUGGGCUCCUCCAACACGUACAAACUCAACGACGUCACCGAUGUGCAGAUACUCGCCCGCAUGCAGGAGGAGAGUGAGUACUGCAGCCUGCUUGCAAUGCCAUAA